CCGGUCCGUGACGUCACUCGGCCACUUUCCCAGGCUCUGCGAGGCGAAGGAAGAGGGCGGCCGCACACUUCGCGACGGCCACCACCACACGGAGGCCACACAGCGGCUCGGUUCGCUCACCUGCACUUCCGGCCCAGCUGCUCCAGGAGGAUCCGGUUCGGACUCGACCCGGUCAGCCGGCCACGCAAGAAUCGACAUGGAGGACGGCAAACCGGUGUGGGCACCGCACCCCGCCGACGGCUUCCAGCUGGGAACCAUCGUGGAUAUCGGCGCCGACAGCCUCACCAUCCAGCCUCUCAAGCGGGACGGCAAGACGUUUGUGGCUGCCGUCAGUCAAGUGUUUCCUGCUGAGGAUGACGUUACCAAACACGUAGAGGACAACUGUUCUUUGAUGUACCUCAAUGAAGCCACGCUGCUCAACAACGUGCGUGUCAGAUACAGCAAAGACAAAAUCUAUACGUUCGUGGCCAACAUCCUGAUCGCCGUCAACCCGUACUACGACAUCCCGAAGCUGUACUCUCCACAGACCAUCGAGCAGUACCGCGGACGCUCGCUGGGGACGCUCCCGCCGCACGUCUACGCCAUCGCUGACAAGGCCUACAGGGACAUGAGGGUUCUGAAGAUGAGUCAGUCCAUCGUCGUCUCAGGGGAGUCCGGCGCCGGAAAGACGGAAAACACCAAGUUUGUGCUCAGGUACCUUACGUCGUCGUACGGGACGGGCCAGGACAUCGACGAGAGGAUCGUGGAGGCAAACCCGUUGUUGGAGGCCUUUGGGAACGCCAAAACUGUGCGCAACAACAACAGCAGUCGCUUUGGCAAGUUUGUGGAAAUACACUUCAAUGAAAAGAACACGGUGGUGGGGGGCUUCGUGUCGCACUACCUCCUGGAGAAAUCUCGCAUCUGCCGCCAGAGCGCCGAGGAGAGGAACUACCACAUCUUCUACCGCCUGUGUGCCGGCGCGCCGGACGACAUUCGACUCAAGUUUCACCUCAGCUCGCCGGACAUGUUCAGGUACCUGAACAGAGGAUGCACUCGCUUCUUUGCGUCCAAGGAGACGGACAAGCAGAUCCUGGAGAACCGCAAGAGUUCAGAGCACGUGAAGGCGGGCCCGCUGAAGGACCCCCUGCUGGACGACCACUGCGACUUCCAGCGCAUGCUGGUGGCCAUGAAGAAGAUCGGCCUGGGCGACGUGGAGAAGUUGGAAUUGUUCCGCGUGGUGGCCGGCGUGCUGCACUUGGGCAACGUCGACUUCGAGGAGGCGGGAAGCACCUCAGGCGGCUGCAGCAUCAAGAAGCAGUCCGGCCAAAUGCUGGAACACUGCGCUGAGCUGCUGGGCCUGGACCAGCUGGACCUGCAAGGAAGCCUCACCUCCAGGGUCAUGAUCACCACAGCAGGGGGCGCCAAAGGAACCGCCAUCAAGGUUCCCCUGAAAGUGGAGCAGGCCAACCACGCUCGCGACGCUUUGGCCAAGGCGGUGUACAGCCGACUGUUCGACCACGUGGUCACCAGGGUCAACCGGUGCUUCCCCUUCCAGUCGUCCGCCAACUUCAUCGGCGUGUUGGACAUCGCCGGAUUCGAGUACUUUGAACACAACAGCUUUGAACAGUUCUGCAUCAACUACUGCAACGAGAAGCUGCAGCAGUUCUUCAACGAGCGCAUUCUUAAAGAGGAACAAGAACUGUACCAGAGGGAGGGCCUGGGGGUCAACGAGGUGCACUACGUGGACAACCAGGACUGCAUCGACCUGGUGGAGGCCAAGAUGCUGGGAAUCUUGGACAUCCUGGACGAGGAAAACCGGCUCCCGCAGCCCAGCGACCAGCACUUCACCGACACGGUCCACAACAAACACAAGAACCACUUCCGCUUGACUAUACCGAGGAAGUCCAAGCUGGCGGUCCACAGAAACGUGAGGGACGACGAAGGAUUCAUCGUCCGACACUUUGCAGGAGCCGUCUGCUACGAGACCAACAAGUUUGUGGAGAAGAACAACGAUGCUCUGCACACGUCGCUGGAGUGUCUGCUGAGCGAGUCCAGCGACCGAUUCAUCCGAGAACUCUUUGACAAUGCCAACGAUGCCAAGCAGAGAGCUGGAAAACUGGGAUUCAUCAGCGUGGGAAACAAGUUUAAGACUCAACUGAACAUUCUCCUGGACAAGUUGCGCAGUACGGGUUCCAGUUUCAUCCGCUGCAUCAAACCCAACUUGAAGAUGGUCAGUCACCAGUUUGAGGGAGCACAGAUCCUCUCCCAGCUGCAGUGCUCCGGUAUGGUGUCCGUGCUGGACCUGAUGCAGGGCGGCUUCCCCUCCAGGGCUCCUUUCCACGAACUCUACAACAUGUACAAGCAAUACAUGCCCCGCAAGCUGGCGCGCCUCGACCCGCGCCUCUUCUGCAAGGCCUUGUUCAAAGCUUUGGGACUGGACGAGAAGGACUACAAGUUCGGAUUGACUCGAGUGUUCUUCCGACCCGGCAAGUUUGCCGAGUUUGACCAGAUCAUGAAGUCUGACCCAGAUCACCUGGCAGAACUGGUGCGGCGCGUCAACACCUGGAUCAUCCACAGCCGCUGGAAGAAGGUCCAGUGGUGCGCGCUGUCCGUCAUCAAGCUGAAGAACAAGAUGUUGUACCGGCGCGGCGCGUGCCUGGUCAUGCAGAAGACGGUGCGCAUGUGGCUCUCCAAGAAGAAGCACAAACCUCGGAUUGACGGGCUGGUGAAGGUGCGCCACCUGAAGAAGAGGAUGGCGCUCUUCAACGAGGUGGUGGCGGGACUCAAGGAGGGCAAAGAGGAGAUGAGCGCCCAAGUGGAGCAGCUGGACGCCGACAUCCACUCCCUCAUGCUCAAAAUCAAAGGAACGGUGAUGCGGCGCGCGGACAUCGAGCACGACCACCGCGCUCUGGUGGUGCGCUCGGAGCAGCUGCUGAGCGCGCUGCAGAACAAGAAGAAGGAGGAGGAAGAGCGUGAGCAUCUGCGCCGCAUCCAGGAGGAGAUGGAGAGGGAGAGGAAGAGGAGGGAGGAGGAAGAGCACCGGCGGCGGGAGGAGGAAGACGAGAGACGGCAGAAAGCUGAGAUGGAGAUGAAGAGGAAGCAGGAAGAGGAGGAGAGGAAGAGGAGGGAGGAGGAGGAGAAGAGGCUGCAGCUGGAAAUCUCGCAGCAGCUUGAGGCGGAACGCGAGGAGGAACUCUCCCGUCAGGCGGUUCUGGAGCAGGAGCGGCGAGACCGAGAGUUGGCGCUGAGGAUCGUGCAGAGCGAAGCGGAACUCAUCGCGGACGAAUCGCAGAGUGACGCCGCCCUCCGCAGCACCGAGUCGUCGCUUCCUUCGUCUCCCGAGCGAGCAGUCGGUUCCGCUGGUCCCAAAGUCUCAACUUUGAGCAUGGAGGAUAUGGCGAAGGAAAUGAGCGAGCUUCUGGCGAGAGGUCCUCAGGUUCAGGCCAGCAAAGCGGCCGGCGGCGCCAACAGCAAAUAUCAACUCAGCAAGUGGAAGUACGCCGAGCUCAGGGAUGCCAUCAACACUUCCUGCGACAUCGAGCUGCUGGCGGCGUGCCGAGAGGAGUUCCACCGCCGGCUAAAGGUUUACCACGCGUGGAAGUCCAAGAACAAAAAGCGUAAUGCCGACACGGACCUGCGGGCGCCCAAAUCGCUGAGCGACUACGGUGUUGCGGCACCUGUGACAAAAGGCCGUACGUCCCAUCAGAACCCGGCCCCCCCCGCGCCGGCCCGCCGGUACGAGGCGUCCCCGAACCGGCAGCAGCGCUUCUUCCGCAUCCCGUUCGUCCGGCCGGCGGACCAGUACAAGGAACCGCAGGGCAAGAAGAAGGGCUGGUGGUACGCCCACUUCGACGGGCCCUGGAUCGCCCGGCAGAUGGAGCUGCACCCAGACAAGCACCCCAUCGUCCUCGUGGCCGGCAAAGACGACAUGGAGAUGUGCGAGCUGAGUCUGGACGAGACGGGCCUGUCCCGCAAGAGGGGCGCCGAGAUCCUGCCCCGGCAGUUCGAGGAGAUCUGGGAGCGCUGCGGCGGGGUCCGCUACCUGCGCAGCGCCAUCCAGAACCGGCAGGCGCGGCCCACCUACGCCACCGCCGUGCUGCAGGCCGCGUUGGAGUGAGCGCGCGCCGCCCGCACGCCGGCAGGGAAUCAACAAAUUCUUCUUUUUUCUUGUCCUCUUGUUGUUUUGCUGCUUUUUGCCGGGUUUCAUGUCGAGGCCUUAAGUCUGUCGGGACUCUUUCGUGGCCCCCUAACGAGCGUUCCCGCUGAGCGUCGGGAAUCUCGCCCCCUACUUGUUUAUGUGCUAGGAAGCAUCAGUUGAAACCGUUUAACAUCAUGAUUUCCUUUCAUGCGUGUGAUUAAUGAAGGCCGGAGGCCUAACGUGGACGCUAAUGAAUUGCAUUUAAUGAUCGCGCCUGCAAAUGUGAAUUAACGACCGAUAAUGACGACGACGACGACGACGUUUUCUCUCAAGUUUGUGGCCUCUGCGCAACGACGGCUACAUCUCAAUCGAUUAGAAUCGGGUCAAAAGCUUCAUUUAGUUGAGUUCAACUCAAAAAGUGAAAGUCAGACGGAGACCCAGUGAAAUAUAUCAUGAUUGAUUGAUUUUGUUUUGUUUUGAAAUAUAUCAUUUUUGAUCAUUAUAGCACGGCGAACAACCGGCGAACGCAUCUGCCCCACAGUUCCGAGGACGUGGGUUCAAUUCUGGCCUCGCCUGUGUGGCAUUUGCAUGUUCUCCCCCGGGCCUGCGCGGGUUAUGCCGCUUUUCUCCCACCUCCCAAAACAUGCACGCAGACGCUGUCGAUGCGAAUGCUUGCUUGUUUCUAUGCGGCCUGCGACCAGAAACUUUUGAGAUGGGCGCCGGCACGCCCGCGACCCCAGUGAGGAGAAACUCUACGCCAAAGGAUGGAUGGAGAGUUUACAGCAAACAAAAAGCCCAAAUUCCCCAUCUCGAGACACUGGAAUAUUAGGAAACAAACAAACAAACAAACAAUCCAUUUUCACAGGAAUUUGUCCCCUGAAAAGUGUUUUCAUGAAUGCUGAAAUAAAUGAACUUUUCGAGCAAAUUCUUCUUCAUUGAGAUGUAGCCGUUUGCAUUUGCCACAUUAGCCGGCCCGCGCUUGAGCAACGGUAGCGGCGAGCUGCAUUAGCAUCAGGUUUUAGCAGGGAGCUAACGAGCGGCGAGCUGCCACCCGCUCGCGUUCGCUGCGGAAUGCCGGCGUUUAGCCGACAUGAGACCCAGCGCCGACGUCGUGGAUUGAGCGACCAAUCAAACUCCGAUGAUUCCGUCAGGUGACCUCGUAAGCCAUCUUUGAACUGGAAGCCAGUUACCUCGCGCCGUCUUUUUUCUGCCAUUUUGAUCGAACGGCGACGUCGGCAAUAAAACCUACGAGAAGGUUGAGCCGCGCUCGGCCCUUCGCGAUGUCGCCGGUUCGACGUGCGGGAAGCGGGUCGACCCUUCGGCGUUACCUCCCUUCGUCCUGGACCGCACAAAAUGGCACAGCGGCCGAAAAUAUCGUUUCAUCUUGACUGAUGUCACGUCUCUCCUCAGCAGUUAAUAAAUGCACUCGUGUCACCUGA